GAGAGUGACAUGCCCAUCCAGGAGCUGCUGAGCCGCUAUGGCUACGAUGGCACCGUGCCCCUGCAGGAGGAGGAGGAGGAGGAGGAGGAAGAAGAGGAGGAGGAGGAGGGAGAAGAUGAUGAUGAUGUCGAUAACGAUGACAACAGCGGCUGCAGUGGGGAAAACAAGGAGGAGACCAUCAAGGACUCGUCGGGGCAGGAGGAUGAGACCCAGUCCUCCAACGAUGAGCCAGCCCCCUCUGUGGCCUCCCAGGACCCCCAGGAGAUCAUUCGCCCUCGGCGCUGUAAAUAUUUUGAUACCAAUAGUGAAAUAGAGGAGGAAUCUGAAGAAGAUGAAGAUUAUAUUCCCUCAGAAGACUGGAAAAAGGAAAUCAUGGUGGGCUCUAUGUUCCAGGCUGAAAUUCCAGCUGGCACCUGCAAAUACAAAGAGAAUGAAAAAGUGUAUGAAAAUGAUGACCAGCUGCUCUGGAACCCUGACUUUUUACCAGAGGACAAAGUCAUAGAAUUCCUCAACGAGGCCUCGAGGCGCACGGGAGAGGAGAAGGGCCUGGAUGCAAUUCCUGAGGGCUCCCACAUUAAAGACAAUGAGCAGAAGAAUUGUCUGUUUGGACAGAAGAGGAGUGCAGGAACUUUGAGCAAGGGCUGAAAGUCUAUGGCAAGGAUUUCCACGUCAUUCAGGCAAAUAAGGUGCGGACCCGCUCGGUGGGGGAGUGUGUGGCUUUCUAUUACAUGUGGAAAAAGUCGGAACGUUACGAUUUCUUCGCUCAGCAGACCCGCUUUGGGAAGAAAAAAUACAACCUGCACCCUGGGGUCACGGAUUACAUGGAUCUCUGCCAACGGGCCAGGGGAGGUGCCAGGCAAGGAGGAGGCCCGGCCCGAGGGGCUGCACCCCAAUGGACCCUGCAGUGGGAAGAAAACUCACCCAGAGCUGGACACCAACGGCUACGAGCCCGAAAACCUCCCCAGCGAGCCCAGAGGGACCCCCAGGAACGAGCCUGAGCUGGAGGAGAAGGGCGAGAGGCCUCUGAAAAGGAGGAGAAUGAACAGCAAUGGGAAGGAGAGCCCGGGUGCUUCAGAGCUCUUCCAGGAAACCAAUUCCCACGGGAAGCUGGAGGAGCUGGAAACGCUGGAAGACUGAGUGCUGGGAGCUGAUUUUAUUCCUUGGAGUAAAUUCUGGGUGUCUAAAAUUUUCAGGGUUGAUGGGUUACCUUCCAAAGUCCAGUUCCAUAAACAAUCUGAGAUUUUGUUGUUGUUUCCUGAGACCUUCUAGUCGGCUCUAAAGAUCCGAUGAUUUGGUUUUCUUCGGUGCUGAAAAGCAGCAGGAGAAUAUUGAAUUUCUCAGAGCUGGCAGCCGCAGUUCUGGGAUAAAAAGGCUCUUAAAUAUUUAAGGAACAAAGCAGUGAGUUGCUGCAAAAAUAUUCCCAGCCUAAUACAUUAAAGAAUGUGUUAAUACAGCAUUUAAUGUAUAAAACAGCAUUUAAUCAGUGUACAAGUGAACAAAGCAUUUGGGGCUUUGCAGGAAGUUAAAAUAAAACAGGAAAAGCCAAGACAGAGCAGGCACAGAGACUUCCACUCCUGCUGGAGAGAGGAAAAUGUCAUCCCAUCAUUAAGGAAACCUCAUGAAUCCUGAAAGUUAUGAGCACAACUAUUUUUAUAUAUAGAAGUUUUAAAAGGUAAAUAAAUAAACCAGGUCAGGUUUGUCUAUGUAAAAUUGUUGACAUCAAUGAUGUCUUUCCAUAUUCUUUAUCUGGGCUAAAGAAAUACAUUCUGUAUUUUUCCAGAUUUCUUUGUAGCCUUUGAAAGAUUUUUACAGUACUUAUGUCUUGAUUGAACUGUCCUUUCUUAAAACAAAAGCUUGUAUAAUUUUCUUACCUUGUACAGUUGGUAAACUUUUAUGAGAGAGUUGAUACCCUGAGUCUAAUGUCAGCUUCCUUUUAUUUUGCUGAAGUCUUUUCUAAAAAAAAAAACUAACAAAAAAAAAAACCCAAACCAAACCAAACCAAACCAAUGGAGUUAAAAAUUAAUCACCAACGUGUUAAUUUUCUUCCCAGAAACUGGUAAAUAAUUAACAUAAGAAUGGUUAGGAGGCAUUUGAUUUUGGAAGCGUGUUUUAUUUUCUUGUUUUCUGGCAAAUAACGAUGUCUCAGUUUUGGUUAAGCAUGCUGCUUGCAUUGCACACAUUUCCUUGCUUUCUUUCUCCCUUUGUUUGGAACUCAGAAAUCUCGCAGCAGCCAAAUUCUGGAGUUGUUGAACCUUGGGCAGGUGCAGCUGCUGCACCGUGCCCUGGUUUGUGCCCUGGUUUGUGCCCUGGGAUCCAGGGAGCACAGAGGGGCUGAGGGGUUGGAAAUGCAGCUGGGGCUGGCUGGAAUUGCUGACAGCACACCAGGCUGCACUGGGAGCCCUUGUCCAGCCUAGGAAAUGCUGGAAUUCUGUGCUGGAACGCUCACCUGGAGAGGGGAGAGCAGCAAUUCACACUGAGCUUGGUGUGAGAACCAAAAAUUCCUCAUCAAUCAAUGGCAGUGGGGUGAUGGCACCCACCAGCAGCACCACUGAAGGUGUGGGUGUAGGAUUUACAUCCAGCAAUCAGGAACGUUUGAAAUCCCAAUUCCCUUUGGUUUUGUUUGGUUGUUUUCUUCAGCCCAGCUCCACUUCUGCUCUGUUCAAAUCCGGGCUAAUUGUUCAAUUAAUUGUACCAUUGCUGACCCCGUGUCCUCCUCCUCCUCCUCCUCACAGGUGUGCUGUUCAUCCUUCCCUGGUUAUUUUCUCUGCAGGGUUAUGCUCUUUAUGGUUGAACUGCAUGGUUUGAAAUGGGUGUUUCGAGCCCAACGCCAGUGCUGAGGGCUGGGGCUGAUUCGGUUUCUUCUCCACUGACCUUCCCUUGGACUUUGUGACCAGGAGCGAGCCAAGGCCCGGGAUGAGGAUGCAGAACCCUGGGGAAUGAUCAGCUCUGCCUGCCAGCCCUGCUCCUGGAGGGCCUCUGGGUGAGGCUCAUUAAUGGAGGCCUGUGUUAAUUAAGGAACGCAGUGAUUAAUGCCUGAGGCAGAGGGUGCUGUUAACUCUCCCCUCUGGUCGUGAGCAGCACCUCAAGGACGGUUCCACACAAGCAGAAUCCUAUUUGCAGUUUGAUUUUGAUGCUCUUUGUUCUCGGUUGCAAGUUGGAAACACUUCCCAAAACUCCAUAGGAAAGUUUCCAAGUGAAUUGUCUCAGGCUCGUGUGUGAAAUCCAGCACUGUGUAUAUUUUCAGGAAUGUUGCUUUGUUUUUUAUCUUUCCUUAUUUUUAUUUUUUUUUUUGGUGAUACUUAGAAGAGACCUGACAUUCCAUAAUCCACUAUGUAAUGCUCAGCUAGACUUUAAGAAUAUUUAAUUCUAAUUUACCUUUUGUUUAUGCUGGUGUUUUAUACAAUAUUUGUUCAUGUUUCAAACUGCAGCCACUGUAACUCGAUAAGUCAUUGCACUACUAAAGCUAUUGAAAAUCCUGGAAAUCUGCUAACUUUGCUUUCAUUUUCCAAACCUUCUGUACAGUUGGGAAUCCAGUCCAACAGGAAAUCCUUGGGCUUCCCAGAGGGUUCAAUGUGCUAUAAAUUCCCCCCACACACACAAACCCCACAGAUUGUUGGAUACAGUUUUUCCACACAGUAUUUGCACUGUCGGUAAUUCCCUCCUCUUAUUCCCUUCCCCGUCUGCAAUUCUGGAAAAGCUUAUUAAAAUAUUUUUAAACUUAC